AUGAUGAAACAGAUGACCUUUGCCGACGCCGAGUACGCAGGCAAACGCAAGCGAACCCGCGAGGAAUUGUUCCUGAUCGAGAUGGAUGGUGGUGCCCUGGAAGGCAUUUGCGCGAUACCUGAUGCAAGAACUGGUUCGGCUACAGCGAUCCUACGAUGGAAGAAGCACUGUGGCAAAAACGACAAUCUGCGCCAGUUCUCGGGACUGAGCCUUGAGCAGAUCCGGAUGGCUCCAUCCUCUAACUUCCGUCGCCUGCUGGAAAAACACGAACUGGCCACUGGAAUUCUCGCUGUGAUCAAUGGUUAUUUGGGCGACCGCGGUCUGUCGUUGCGCCAAGGCACCAUUGUGGAUGCCGCUUUC